AUGAAUCCCCAUAUCUCCGUUCCUCGACAACAUAGCGGUCCGUCAACCUUCGGUGGCUCUGGGCCAUCGAACCGGGGUUCCAGUUUCCGGAUGCCUCGAUUCUUCAAGAGGCUCUUCAAGUUCCCCCAGAUGGACUUUGAAAUGGCCAUCUGGGAGAUGACAUCGUUGCUGAUCGCGCCAAAGAAGGUCUUCAAGUCAAUGUACUAUCAUAAACAAACGAAGAAUACCUGGCACCGACCAGACCCUUCCUUUACCUAUCUCCUCUCGUUCUUCUUGCUCCUGACCGCUUUGGCAUGGGGUCUCGCAUACUCCCCGAGCUUUGGCUCCAUCGUCCGCCUCGCUCUCCUGUUUGUCUUCGUCCACUUUAUCGGAACGUCUUUGGUUAUCUCGACGCUAGCCUAUCUCCUCGUCGGGCGCAUCUUUGGGCCCAACGGCGCCGCUUCGUCAUUAACAGGGUUCCGAGGGUCACGGGGCCGGCGACGAGGAGCGGCGCAGGGUCUGUUUGUUCAGCCUGGCGAGAAGGAACAGGUGGAAUUUGGUUAUUGUUUUGAUUUAGGUAUCAAACCGCGCCUUCUUCCCACUUUACCUCCAUCUCUACGUCCUCCAAUUCCUCCUGCUGCCCCUCCUCACCCGCAGCCCGACGAACUUCCUCUCCACGUUCCUCGGGAACACACUCUAUCUUUCCGCAUUGGUCUAUUACACCUACAUCACUUUCCUGGGAUACAACGCACUUCCCUUCCUGCACAAUACCGAACUGCUUCUGCUGCCGAUCCUGGUCCUCGCCGUAUUGUGGCUGGUGAGUUUGAUUGCCGGGUGGAACGUCGUCACGCAAGGUCGUGGAGUCGAAGGCCUCUUUUGGGGAGUGUAAUUUCUUUUCCCACUCCGAUCAUUAUUACUUCUGAAGAUGAAAGCAAGCGGUACAUAUUCUCGAACGGAAAAAAAAGAGAAAGAAAAGGGAUGGAAAUGCUGAUGUCUUUCACAUUUUACUAUCUCAUAAAGGUCAAAGGUCUCCGUUUCUGGGUAUGCUAUAUAUAUUCCCCUGAGAAAAACACCAACAACGACAACAACUGGGUAGAAAGAGUGGAAAUACUGGGAAAGGCGUUGGCGUGUGUUGUAUUUUUCUUUCUUCUACCCCCCGGCGGAAGAUAUAUUAUGAUAUCAUAUAAUUGA